AUGAAUCGACCUGAGCAACGAGACCCAGAUUCAACGGACUCCUACACGGUAGCAUGGAUCUGUGCCCUAGAAGAAGAGUACUUCUGUGCAUGCCGUAUGCUUGACGAAGAAUUCAUCGGGCCGGAGAUAAGCGAAGAUAACGACGAUAACACAUACGUCUACGGUCGUAUUGCGAAGCAUCAUGUGGUGAUUGGUUGUCUUCCAGCCGGUCGGUAUGGCACCAAUUCAGCUGCCCGUGUUGCUCGAGAUAUGGUCCGGACCUUUCCACGCCUACGGUUCGCAUUAAUGGUGGGCAUCGGAGGCGGCGCACCAACUACCCGAAAUGACAUCCGAUUAGGGGACGUCGUCGUGAGCCAACCAAAAGAUGGAUUCGGCGGAGUGAUACAAUAUGAUCUGGGCAAGUUAAAAGAUGGUCGGUUUCAGAAGACGGGUCAACUAAACGCGCCGCCUGAGAAACUUCUAGGAGUUAUUCCUGAGAUACGCAGACUGUAUAGCGAUAAAAAGAAGCCAGACAGACUAGCGGAACAUCUCCAGCGUCUCGAUGAUAUGGAAGAUUAUCAACAACCAGCCGUUGAUCGGCUUUAUGCCACAGACUAUCCACAUGUAGAUGGAGACAAUUGCGACGAAUGUGAUUCUCAUUCGGCAGUGGAACGCCCAGAGCGCCGGAACCACCGCACACUCCAUGUUCACUACGGAAAUAUCGCGUCAGGAAACUCUGUACUCAAGGAUGCCAUUGUACGGGAUACAUAUGCGAAAGACCCAGAGCUGAACAUUCUGUGCUUUGAGAUGGAAGCUGCAGGUCUCAUGAACAAUAUACCAUGCCUGAUAAUUCGUGGAAUCUGUGAUUAUUGUGACUCGCAUAAGAAUGACGUCUGGCACAAAUAUGCUGCGCUCGCUGCUGCUACGUAUGCACGAGAGCUACUCCUGGUUCUACGGCCGCAACGUGUGGAUGCCAUGCCCCCCUGGGCCGAGCGAGUAGCUCAAGAACUUCAACAAGAAUUUCACUCGCGACAAUGUACUGACAGUGUCUAUCCUCUAUCGCUAACUUUGAAUAGAACGGUUCUGACGACGGUAGAAUGUUUGGACCAGAAGAUUGAUUGGGGGAAGUUAUCGACUGUCCAAGAGGCAGCAGUUGACUCCUUUGAGAACCAAAAUGAGGAUGGAUGUCUUCCAGGCACUAGAAAAGUGCUUCUCAACGAGAUUACAGAAUGGGCGAUGUCGCCGCACAAGAAUUGUAUUUUUUGGUUAAAGGGAAUGGCUGGCACAGGAAAAUCCACAAUAUCUCGGACUGUGGCAGCGUCGCUCAAGAAAACCAAUCAUCUAGGCGCCAGCUUCUUCUUUAAGAGGGGUGAAGGGGACCAAGGGAGCGCGAAGAAGUUUUUCCCGACACUUAUAAGGCAACUAACGCUGAGGAUUUCUGAGCUGAGGCCUGGCGUACAAAAGGCACUCCACGAUGACCCCGACGUUGCCUCAAAAUCGCUCAAGGAACAGUUCGAGAAACUACUCCUUCAACCGUUACUCAACCUUGACCAAGUCGGCCGACAACUUCAACCUCAAACCGCUGUGUUUGUGAUCGACGCUUUAGACGAAUGUGAACAUGAGCAAGAUAUCCGAACCAUAAUUCGAUUACUGCCUCUUCUACAGAAGGUAAAAGCGGUUCGCCUUCGGGUCUUCUUGACUAGCAGGCCUGAAGUCCCAAUCAGACUCGGCUUUUCAGAGAUCAUGGAUCAUGAAUAUCAGAACCUAGUUCUUCAUGAGAUACCCGAAGAAGUGACAGAACACGACAUACAUCUAUUCCUACAGGACCGCUUUGCGAAGAUCAAACACGACAGAAAUGUUCCCCAAGACUGGCCAGGCGAUGAUGUUAUCCAAGAAUUGGUCACGAUGUCUGUUCCACUGUUUAUUUCGGCUGCCACUGUGUGCCGUUAUAUCGAAAAUUCAAAAUGGGAACCCAAAUUACGCCUCGCAGAGCUUCUAACGGACCAAGCUAAAUACGUAUCGAGAAUGGAUAAGACAUACCUGCCAAUUUUAACGCGACUCCUAGAGGAUCAAGAGAGUGAUGAAUCGGAGCAGCAGCAGCUCUUACAAGAGUUCCAGGACAUAGUCGGUGUUAUCAUCCUUCUUGCUGUUCCGCUUUCUAUAAGUGCACUGUCGCUAUUUCUUAGGAUAGGAGCAGACCGGAUCAGCAAUCGAUUGGAUUCGUUCCGAUCGGUUUUAAGCAUACCCGACGACCGAGAUCGGCCUGUUAGGAUUCUACAUCUAUCAUUUCGAGAUUUUUUAGUCCAGCCUAGGACCCAGUUUUCUGUGGAUGAGCCAAGAAAGCAUAAAGACAUUGCUCAGUCGUGUCUCAAAACCAUGCGGAGUCGUCUACAGAAAGAUAUCUGCAAUUUAGCAAGCCUAGGAACGCAUAGGCGAGACAUCGACCCUCAAUAUAUUCGCCAGUAUCUUCCACCAGAAUUACAAUAUUCUUGUCGCUACUGGAUACACCAUCUCGACCAAAGUCAGGCUUCAUCUUCCGAGAUAGAAGAUGUGCGAAUAUUUCUCCAGAAGCAUUUUCUGCACUGGGUGGAAGCGAUGAGCCUGCUGGGCCUUAUAUCGGAGGCGGUGGGUAUGCUUGAUCUCCUCCGUACGACUCUACCGGGCGACGAUAAUUCCGUAUUGGCAGAUUUUCUGCAUGACGGAAAGCGCUUUCUUCUUAAAAAUCACCAGAUAGCCGAUGAAGCACCGCUUCAGAUUUAUUGCGCAGGACUGGUAUUUGCACCCCAAUGGGCAAUAAUCCGUAGGGAGUUCAAAUCAGACCUUCCUAGUUGGAUAUGCCAGUUCCCACGAGUUCAAGAAAGCUGGAGCGCAGAAUUGCAGACUCUCGAGGGCCAUACGGCCUCAGUUAACUCAUUGGCCUUCUCGCCCGACGGCCGGCUAUUGGCAUCCAGCUCUUACGAUAGCACAGUGCGGCUCUGGGAUACAGCGACAGGUGCUAUGCAGCAGACUCUUAAGGGCCAUACGGGCUGGAUUAGCUCGGUGGCCUUCUCGCCCGACGGCCGGCUACUGGCGUCCGGCUGCGAUGAUUGCACAGUGCGGCUCUGGGACACAGCGACGGGUGCCCUGCAGCAGACUCUUAGGAGCCAUACGGGCUCGGUUAGCUCGGUGGCCUUCUCACCUGACGGCCGGCUACUGGCGUCCGGCUCUUACGAUAACAUAGUGCGGCUAUGGGACACAGCGACGGGCGCCCUACAGCAGACUCUCGACGGCCAUACGGGUUCGGUUAGCUCGGUGGUCUUCUCGUCCGACGGCCGGCUACUAGCGUCCGGCUCUUACGAUAACACAGUGCGGCUCUGGGACACAUUAACGGGCGCCCUACAGCAGACUCUCGACGGCCAUACCGGUUCAGUUCGGUCGGUGGUCUUCUCGUCCGACGGCCGGCUACUAGCGUCCGGCUCUUACGAUAACACAGUGCGGUUCUGGGACACAGCGACGGGCGCCCUACAGCAGACUCUCAAGGGCCAUACGGGCUGGAUUAUCUCGGUGGCCUUCUCGGCCGACGGCCGGCUGCUGGCGUCCGGCUCCGACGAUUACACAGUGCGGCUCUGGGACACAGCGACGGGCACCCUGCAGCAGACUCUUAGGAGCCAUAGGGGCUCGGUUACCUCGGUGGCCUUCUCGCCUGACGGCCGGCUACUGGCGUCCGGUUCUUACGAUAACACAGUGCGGCUCUGGGACACAGCGACGGGCGCCCUACAGCAGAUUCUCGACGGUCAUACGGGCUCGGUUAACUCGGUGGUCUUCUCGCCCGACGGCCGGCUACUGGCCUCCGGCUCUUACGAUAACAUAGUGCGGCUCUGGGACAUAGUAACGGGCGCCCUACAGCAGACUCUCGACGGCCAUACGGGAUUAGUUAGCUCAGUGGUCUUCUCGUCCGACGGCCAGCUGCUGGCUUCCGGCUCUUAUGAUAACACAGUGGGGCUCUGGGAUACGGCGACGGGCGCCCUACAGCAGACUUUCGAGGGCCAUACGGGCUCAGUUAGCUCGGUGACCUUCUCUCCUAGCGGCCGGCUACUAGCGUCCGGCUCUUACGAUUACACAGUGCGGCUCUGGGAUAUACCGAUAGGCGCCCUACAGCAGACUCUUAAGGGCCAUACGGGCUUAGUUACCUCAGUGACCUUCUCUCCUAGCGGCCGGCUACUAGCGUCCGGCUCUUACGAUAACACAGUGCGGCUCUGGGACACAGCGACGGGCACCCUACAGCAGACUCUUAGGAGCCAUACGGGCUCGGUUACCUCGGUAGUCUUCUCGCCUAACGGCCGGCUGCUGGCGUCUGGCUCUCAUGAUAGCACAGUGCGGCUCUGGGACACAGCGAUGGGCACCCUAAAGCAGACUCUCGAGGGCCAUACGGACUGGAUUAGCUCGGUGGCCUUCUCGCCCGACUGCCGGCUGCUAGCGUCUAGCUCCGACGAUUACACAGUGCGGCUCUGGGAUACGGCGACGGGAACCCUGCAAGAAACUUUAGAAACCCAGAGAAUUAUCAAAGAACUCGAAUUUUCUCAAGAUGGUACAUAUCUAAUCACCAAUCUAGGCAUCCCCCAUUUUCCGUCCGAGAAG